AUGGCGAAUCAAUUGUCUGAGUAUGAAAUUCAUCGAUUUCACAACAUAAAAAAGAACCACGAGUACAUGAAAAGUCUAGGACUUCCUGUUCCUGUAGUUCCAGCUGGGCUCCAAGGUCGUCCUCGUAGAACGCCGGUAAAAAAGAGUAAAACACUGUAUUUCGGCCAAGAUGGGGAAAGUUCAAAUGAGAGUAGUGAUGACAGUGAUGAAGAUUGGGUUCCAGGGUCAGAAGAAGUCAGACGAAGAAAUAAAAUGAUAAAAAGGUUUAUCCCAGAUUUUCGACCAAAACCUCAAACAGUGCCUGUUCAACAAGGACAGAUGGAACUAAAAGUGGUGGAAGACGAACAGAGUUGCCCCAAUAAAUUUGAGGAAUUAGCUAGGUUAGGGGAAGAGGUAGAUUCAAUCCCUGACGAAAGUACAGUGAUUUCUUUAAAGAAAGUUAAGGAAACGCCACAGAAAAUCAAAAGAGCCCAGCCUCCUAAGAAGCGAAUACAGUAUGCAACACGAGGGAUGAGGCACUUGUACUGCGAGGCUGAAGUUCCAGACGAUGACCAUUAUAUCUUUUGCGAAGAAUGUCAAGACCUUCAUUAUGGUGACUGUCCAGUACAUGGGCCUUUGCAAAUCAUAGCUGACAGGAAUACAACAGAAAAUUCAAAUUUAUCGCCUGCAGUCUCUUCACUACCAGUUGUUCUUACAAUAAAGAGUUCGUCAAUUCCUGGAGCCGGUUUAGGUGUUUUCAGUACUACUGAUAUUUCGAAGGGAGUACGAUUCGGUCCAUACAAAGGGAAGAAGAUAGGAUGGGAGAACAUAACUGAUGAGACGAACACGUGUUACAUGUGGGAGAUUGUGAAAAGUGGUAAGUUUAGUCAUUUCGUGGAUGGACACGAAGAAAGUCAAAGCAACUGGAUGCGGUUUGUAAAUUGCUCUCGCUGCGAGGAUGAGCAGAAUAUGGUGGCUUUUCAGUUUAGAGGCGAGAUUUACUACCGUACUUACAAAUCAAUCAAUCCAGGUGAAGAACUGUUAGUGUGGUAUGGAGAGAGCUACGCUAGAGAUCUGGGGAUAUCGCUUGUUGAUGAUCCGGAUCGAGGCAGUAAAAAGAGUGUUAUCGACCCAUGUGAUGGUUGUGGAAAGAUGUUUACCUCCAUAAACUUUCUCCUUAGACACAAGAAAUAUUACUGUUCAACAAGAACAGAGAUAAAAAUCUGGCAAUGUACUAUUUGUAAGAAGAAAUUUACGUCAUUGGAUCAUUUCAACAGCCAUAUAAGUUUUCACGCUAAUGAGCAGCAAAAUUCGUCUAAUACGUCAUUUCCUAAAGACAAGUACCUUUGGACCGACGAAGGUAAAAGUUCACACAAGUGUACACAAAGUGGAAAGUCGUUUACCCAGCCUGGUAGCCUGACCAGGCACCUCCGUACUCACACGGGUGAAAAGCCAUAUCAGUGUACACAAUGUGGAAAGUCGUUUAAUCAGCCUGGUAGCCUGACCGUGCACCUCCGUACUCACACGGGUGAAAAGCCAUAUCAGUGUACACAAUGUGGAAAGUCGUUUAACCACUCUGGUAGCCUGACCGUGCACCUCCGUACUCACACGGGUGAAAAGCCAUAUCAGUGUACACAAUGUGGAAAGUCGUUUAACCACUCUGGUAGCCUGACCAUGCACCUCCGUACUCACACAAUCGAAAAACCAUAUCAGUGUAUACAAUAUGGCAAGUCGCUUCACCAGCCUGGUAGUCUGACCAUACACUCCCGCUCUCAUAGAUGUGAAAAGCCAUAUCACAUUAUACGAUGUGGUAGGUCGUUUAACCAGCCCGGUAACCUGAUCAUGCACCUCCGCUCUUACACAGGUGAAAAGCCAUAUAAAUAG